AUGAAUUUACUUAAGAAACUACAGGUUCAGCAAGGCGAUUCGUCGCUUGCAAAUGGAGUCGAAUCGAAUGUUGAUCUCGACCCGGUUCCUCUUCAUUCUCCCAGUCGGACGUGGAGAUGGCCUUCUCUUACAGGAUUCUGGAUUGCAGAGGCAUUCAGUAUUAGCAUGUAUCAAGUGACUUCAACAUCUGUAUCCAAAGGACUGAGUGCUCCGAUGGCCAUUGGUGCUGUCAUUGUUGGCCAUGUUCUCGUCUGCAUUCCAGUCAUUCUCGAUGGAUACGUCGGCUGUAUUUACGGAAUCAACUUUCCUGUCUUAACCAGAGCAAGCUACGGUAUCAGAGGGAGCUACUUUGCUGUAUUUGGCAUCGUGGCUGUCAUCUGGUUUGGCACGCAGACAUACCAAACAGGCGAAUGCAUCUCCACCAUGCUCAGCGCCAUCUGGCCAUCGUUCAACCACUUUCCCAACCAUCUGCCUGUUUCAUCUCCCAUCACUUCUUCGGCUUUGCUGUGCUUCUUCCUCGCCAUCAUAGUUCAGCUCCCCUUCCUCUACCUCCCCGUCUCCAGUCUUCGAUACCUAUUUCUCAUCAAAACAUGGAUCAUGCCCAUCUUCGGCAUCGUCCUUUUCUCCUGGGCAGUCGCUGCCGCACACGGUUUCGGUCCCGUAUUUUCAAAACCAAGUCAUAUCACUGACGGAACACCCGUCGCGGUGGUCUUUUUGCAAUGUGUCACCAGCACCAUUGGACCAAAAGCCACCCUGGCUCUCAACAUGCCUGAUUUCACACGAUACGCUCGCUAUCCCCGCGAGAUUAUCUGGACUCAAUCAGUUGGUCUGGUCGUUCUGGUCUCGCUAUGCGGUAUCCUUGGCGCCACCGUCUCCAGUGCAUCUGAGGUCAUCUACGGGGUGACAACGUGGAAUCCCCUCCAGGUGGCAGUGUUGUGGGAAAAUCGUGCCGCGCAGUUCUUUGCAGCGUUUUGCUGGUCCCUCGCGGCGAUAGGCACAAACAUCUCCGCCAACAGUGUCUCAUUCUCGAAUGAUCUGUCUCUCUGGUUUCCGCGGUAUAUUGACGCCCGACGGGGGGCGUAUGUGUGUGCGUUACUAAGCAUCCUGUCCAUGCCGUGGUAUAUCCAGAAUUCAGCUGCCUCGUUCUCCUCAUUUCUCGGUGGGUAUUCGCUCUUCCUCGGCUCAUUGGCUGGUAUCAUCAUCGUCGAUUAUUGGAUUUGUCGUCGACGCCGUCUGCGCAUUCAAUCAUUAUACAACGCUCACGGUACACACUCGUUCACGCACGGUGUGAACAUGAGAGCUAUUAUCGCUUUCAUACUCGGUAUCGCGCCCAAUCUACCAGGUCUGGCAGCUGCAUGUGGGCAGUCUGGUGUUCCCAAGGGGGUUCAAUAUCUAUACUCGUUGAGCUGGUUGGUUAGUAUCCUUGUUUCUGGAAGUGUGUACUGGGUACUGUUUCGUAUUUGGCCGUUUGAGGUAGAGGAUGAUGUUAUCGAGGGUGUGGAGGCAGUCGAAAAGACGUCUGUUUCUGUUAUGGCUAAACACUGA